GGGCUAUUUCAAAAAGAUCCCUGGUAGUGAUAUUUUAUGCGAUGUGUAUCCUUCCCGAGCACGCACACUCGCCGCCGCACUCCACUUCCCCAACACGCCGCCGCCGCCGCCGCCGCCCGAGCUCGCCGCGAUGUCAUGGCUCGCGCGCUCAAUCGCGGCUACCCUCUCUUCUUCCCACUCUGAUGAAGAUGGCGAUAACCUCGAGGCGAGCAGCGGCGACGACCAUAGGGACGAGCAGCCGGACACCCCGAGCGGCGGCGGCGGCGGAGUCAAGGGCGACUUGUCGGAGCUGACCGACUCCCUCACCCGCGGCCUCUGGGGCGUCGCUUCCUUCCUCGCUCCGCCGCCUGCGCCCGCCGCCGAAGCCGCGGAGACGGCUACGGGGGCGGUGGGGGAGGGGGAGGAUGGGGCUCGGUCGCCGCGGAUCGCCGGGAUCCGGAGCGACCUGGCGGAGAUCGGGGGCAGGGUGAGGAGCGGAAUCUCGUUGCUCUCGAACGCCAACGCCGUGGCGGAGAUCUCCAAGAUCGCCUCGUCGCUCCUGCCGUUCGGGCCCGGAGAGGACGACGACGACGACGACGAUGCCGAGGCUGUGGGCGUGACCGAGGAGGUGGUGGAGUUCGUGAGGCACAUCUCGACCCAUCCCGAGACGUGGCUCGACUUCCCCUUGUUUGUCAACGACCGGCACGCGGAUGAUUUUGAACUGUCAGACACACAAUAUGGACAUGCAUUGGCUAUAGAGCGUGUUGUUCCAAGCUUGUCAUAUCUUAGGACCGAGCUUUGCUCUACCAAUAUGAGUGAAGCAUGCUUUUGGAAGAUCUAUUUUGUGCUUCUUCACUCAAAACUCAGCAAGCAAGAUGCUGAACUUCUUUCAACGCCACAGAUCCUAAAAGCAAGAGAAGUAUUAUUGCAAAGUUCACCGACAAAGAAAAGGCUGGGACCUGAUGAUGGUUCAUCACAAAACUGGAAUGUUGCAUCUACCAAAGGUGACAACAGUGGAAUGUCUGAAGCACCUUCAUUGGAAGAAGCAACUUCUGUACCGAUGAAUGUGGUUGAGGCUGACAAGCAUCCGAUUUCAGUCGCUGAGGUGGAAAUAAUAGACAAGUCCGUGGUUGAAGAAGAGCUGGUGGUGAAAAAUGAGACCAAGAGUAUACCUUCUGACUCUGAGAAGGCUAAUCUGCAUAUCACCUCGGACGAUGAUGAUAAAGAGGUGGAGGACUGGCUGAAGGAUGUGGCUCCUGUGUCCAGCAAAACAGGCAACGUCAAUUCAGCAGGGCAGGAGGAAGACAUAUCCUUCAGUGAUCUGGAGGAUGAAGAGGAUGAUUGAGAGACGGCUAGCUUAAGCAGCGCAGCCAGUACUAGUUCCCUCGGUUCAAUGUCGCAAACACAAGACAACGGCUAGCUUCAUGAAGAACAUCAACUGUUACUGAAUGAUCGAAACUCUGCAGCUACAGCAAAGGGAACCGUGUUGUUGCUGAGUGACGGAUUCAUCCUAAUUGCAUGUUGAUGUAAUGAUGUAUUUAUGUUCGCUCUCUUUUUGUACAUAGAUAUAUACACUAUGUCACCUGCGUGUGCACUGUAUAUCCACGAUAGCGUGCAGCACUCAUACUUACUGGAUUCUGAAUGCAAGAUAUCCUCUCAUUUGCUGUCAAA